AGUAUAUUAUGUGAUAUCAAUAGUUUGAAUAUUACUGAUUGCAUCAGGAUAUUAGACAUGACAAUUGAACUAAAGAUAAUCGAUACUAACACCCAAACAAGGAAUUGGAGUUGUAAAGUUCGUGUCAUUAAGAUAAAUGAACCAAAGAAUGCUAUUGCAACACCGGGACUAAAGUACAUGCUCAUUGUCCUCGAAGAUGAAAAUGGAACUCGAGUUCAAGUAGUAGUAUAUGAUCACGACAUUGAAAUGUAUGAAAUGACUCUACAUACCAACUCCUGGUACAGUAUUUCUAAUGCCACUGUCAAACCCUCACGAUCAUGCUACAAAGUCUUUGAUAAAAAAUACAACUACUCCUGGACUCUAAAUGUUAGGAAUGGAAUCCAAACAAUUGACAAUGUUGACACCGCAUUGGCUCCAGUUGAACAAGUUUACACAUCAUUCUCAGAAUUUUAUCAAAGGAUGAAAACUUCUACAGAAAUUUCAAUUGUGGCAAUUGUCAUUGACAAACUUCCAAAACAGUUUGUAUCAACAACGAAUGGGAAUCAAAAAAUCAAUGACUUCAUUGUUGUAGAUGAAAGUUGAAGCCAUUCAUAUUAAUUACUUGGAGAGGAUUUGUUGAUAAAGAGGGCAUUCAAAUAACUCAAGAAAUUGAAGUGGGAAACUACCCUGUAGUAUCUUUGGAUUACAUCACAGUUGUUUACUUUAAAAGUAAAUCGUAUUCCAUUAUUAAGAUGAUUUAGAAUGUAUAAAUUCUUACUACCUUAUCUUGUAUCAUUCCUUAAAUAAAUUAGGUAUU